CCACUUCGUUCUUAGCGAAUAAGAGAGUGGCCGUUUUGUCUAUAUCACGGAGAGCUCAGGGUGUAACAUUCAUUUCGGAGUUGUUGUUAGAACAGAUCUGAGCAUCAAGAUGAGUGGCAGAGGAAAAACCGGCGGAAAGGCUAGAGCUAAAGCCAAGACUCGUUCAUCCAGGGCUGGACUUCAGUUCCCCGUGGGACGUGUGCACAGGCUUCUGCGUAAAGGCAACUAUGCCGAGCGCGUCGGUGCCGGCGCUCCGGUCUACCUGGCCGCAGUGUUGGAGUAUCUGACCGCUGAGAUCCUGGAGUUGGCCGGUAACGCCGCCCGUGAUAAUAAGAAGACUCGUAUCAUUCCCCGCCACUUGCAGCUCGCCGUGCGUAACGACGAGGAGCUGAACAAACUGCUUGGCGGAGUAACCAUCGCUCAAGGUGGUGUGCUACCCAACAUUCAGGCUGUGCUUCUGCCUAAAAAGACCGAGAAGGCCGUCAAGACCAAGUAAACUCGUCCACCGCUGCUUUGUCAGU